AUGAAAGAUAAUCAGGGUAUCAAGGAGACUUUACAAAUGAAUCAUCAAACGAAAAAUAAAAUUCGAAAACAUUGGCAACAGCAAUUAUUUUCUUCUUCUAGCAAUGCUAGUAAUGACAAUGAACAAACUGAUCCAUUGAAUCGAAAUGAAUAUAAAAAACUCGAAAAAGUUAUUGAUGCUUUAAUUGAAACUAUUGUUCCAAACAAAACUAAACAGGCAAAGGAAGCCGUCACAAAUAUUAUCAAUUCUUCUCUUUCCAGAAAAUCCAAGGAAUUAAUUAAAUUUUUGAUAAAUGAAUACUUUAAUCGUUUCAAUAAUAUAAUUCCUAUUCUUGAUCGACAAAAAUUCAAAAACGUAUCUAAAGAUGGUUCUAAAACUUCUGAAUUAUUGCUGAACUCGGUUUUAGCCAUUUCUGCUUCUCGAUAUUCCGAUGAUCCUGCAAUACAAAAAUCUCAAGAUAAACCAGGUGGUAUAUUUUAUGAUGCUGCUAAGAAAUUGUUGGAUAGUAUGUAUCAUAUCCCCAAGUUAGAAACGGUACAAGCUUUAUUACUAUUGUGUCAUUCCGAAAGUAGCGCAACACGUGCAGAUAGUGCUUACAUGUUUUUGGGAAUGGCUGUUCAAAUGUCUAAUAACUUGCACCUUGAACGCGACGAAGCUUGUUGCCGUCCAGAAGGAGAAGAAGAAAGACGAAGAGUAUUUUAUUGUUUAUAUUGUUGUAAUAGGUGGGUUUCAUUCAUAUUAGGAAAACCAAGUGGAAUUGAAGAUAUAAAUGUUGACAUUCCUUUACCUACAUUAGUUUCGUUUGAACUUUCAACCAGAAGUUUCUUUAUUGCAUGGAUAAAAAUAUCCCGAAUUUUGGGGGAAAUUUGGAAAUUUGGAUAUUCCUCUAAACCAAAAGCAUCACACUCAAAUUGGACGUAUCAUGCAACUGAUCAAAAGAGUACAUUAAGACAAAUAAGAUCAGCUUUGGCAAAUUGGUUAAAGGAAUUACCUGAUGAGUUACAAUAUCAAUAUUUACCUAAUACAGAUCCUAGAAGUUUGAUUCAAUUGACGAGAUUUUCGGCAUUUGCUGGUUAUAUCAACAUUCUUUUUCAUACAUGUAUAAUUCUUCUUCAUCAACCAUAUUUAACUCAAGAAUAUGAAGAUCCAAAGAUUGAAAUGCAAAAACAAGGUCAAAGUAGACCAAUUAAGACAUGUCUAACGGCAGCUAUUACAAUCACUGAUAUAGCAAGGACAACGAGAAAAUUUGAUAAAAAUUCAUUCAUAAAUUUUCAAUAUAUAAUUUACGGAGUUAUGCAAUCAUCAAUUUUAGAGAUGGUAGUUAUGAAUGCAUCAAAAGAAUAUGAAUCACUUGCCAAGAAAUCAUUAAAUGAUGCCAUCGAAGAACUUCGAUUUAUUUCAGAAAAUUCUAGUUAUAUUUCUAUGCGAGAAAUAAUUGCAGAAUUGCAAGGAGUAAUGAUGAUUGCUAAUAGUAAACCAUCAGACAUUGUAAUUCCAUUUCCUUUGGUUUUACAAAUACUGGAAUAUAAUAAAGCUGGAGGGAAUUUCAUGAAUAAUGAUUCAACAGCAAAUAUUUCGGAAGAAGAAUCAAAAUUUGAAAAUUCAUUAAAAGUUGAAUAUCCUUUAUCUACCACUGCCACUACAAUUACAACUAAUGCUUCCUCUACAAUUACUUCUUCCAAUACAAUUGCUGCUUCCACCGAUACAGUCACUAAUGUCACCACUAAUCACUCAAAUGAACCUAUAUCAACUCCAUCAAAUCCGUCAAAUAUAUACAUGAUGGCACCAACAAAUUUAUUUAAUCCUCAAGACCAAUCUUCAUUACAGUUUCAUCAUCAAAUUCAACCUAAUCUAGAUUCCGAUCCCUGGGAUAAUGAAUAUUUCAUGAAUGACGGUUUAUAUGGAUUCGUGAAUACCCAUCACGUGUCAGAAUCUAAUUCAACUGAUUCUAAUGAAUUCCAAUUUGAAUUAUAA